AUGUCUGCGAUCAAAAAAAGAAAGGUCUCAGGCGAGAAGCCUACGUCUAUAUCUCAGGAAGAAAAUGAUGCUAAUUCCGUGAGCUCACAAUCUGGCGACGAGACUACAAAUUCAGACGCCCCGGAUGCCGAUGCGAAGGCGUCGAGCGCUCCACAGACAUUCAAGGAACUCGGAGUGAUCGAUUCUAUCUGCGAAGCAUGUGAAAGUUUGGGAUACAAGAAACCUACGGCGAUUCAAGCCGAAGCGAUACCUUUGGCUUUACAAAACCGAGACCUCAUCGGUCUUGCUGAAACAGGUUCGGGAAAGACCGCGGCUUUUGCAAUCCCAAUCCUGCAAGACCUCAUGAGCCGACCUCAAGCGUUCCACGGGCUUGUCAUCGCACCCACGAGAGAGUUGGCAUACCAAAUUGGAAAAUCUUUCGAUUCACUCGGCUCGACUAUCAGUGUCCGAACGACAGUCAUUGUCGGAGGCAUGGACAUGGUGCCCCAGUCUAUCGCACUGGGCAAGAAGCCGCAUAUCAUCGUCGCUACGCCUGGUCGUUUGCUUGAUCACCUCGAAAACACAAAGGGCUUCAGUCUGCGCUCUUUGAAAUACCUCGUCAUGGAUGAAGCCGAUCGCUUGCUGGACAUGGACUUCGGACCACUCCUCGACAAGAUUCUCAAAGUCCUGCCUAGGGAGCGUCGCACAUUCUUGUUCUCCGCGACUCUGAGCAACAAGGUCGAAUCUUUACAGCGCGCCUCUCUCUCCAACCCUCUGCGCGUAUCCGUGUCUUCCAGCAAGUACCAGACAGUCUCGACUCUUCAACAAUACUUCCUGCUGCGUCCCCACAAGCACAAGGAUAUCUACUUGAUCUAUCUCCUGAACGAAUUUGCUGGCCAGUCAGCAAUUGUGUUCACGAGGACAGUACACGAGACACAACGCGUUGCUUUCCUUCUUCGUGCGCUUGGGUUCGGUGCCAUUCCUCUCCACGGUCAACUGUCACAGUCUGCUCGGUUGGGUGCUCUGGGUAAAUUCCGUUCACGCUCGCGGGAUAUUCUCGUUGCUACCGAUGUUGCCGCUCGUGGUCUUGAUAUUCCAUCCGUCGACGUAGUCCUGAACUUCGAUCUUCCCACCGAUAGCAAAACAUAUAUCCAUCGUGUCGGUCGUACCGCUCGUGCUGGAAAGUCUGGUGUUGCGAUUAGUUUCUGCACUCAAUACGAUGUGGAAAUUUGGCAAAGGAUUGAGGCUGCUCUUGGCAAGCAACUUCCCGAGUACGAGGUCGCCAAAGAUGAGGUGAUGGUCCUUGCCGAGCGAGUGGGCGAAGCUCAACGGCAAGCGAUUAUGGAAAUGAAGAACUUUGACGAGAAGAAAGGAACCCGAGGCAAGAAGUUUGGCAAGGGCAAGCGUUCUCGGGAUGACAUGGAUCAAGAAGAAGGUUAA